AUGGCCGCCCCCCAACAAAGGGAACGAUGGGCCUUGGGCGCCGCCGCGGCGGCUGCCUACCUCUACCUCUACGCCAAAAAACGGCAGCAACGCAUCGAACGCGCAGCAUUAGCCAUGUGUGCGCACCCGACGGGCUCCGAUGGAUGGACCGCCGGGCGCCAGUUACUCUCGACCCUAUUGCGGCAAGGCAACACCUACGCGACCUGGUCCCUGGCUUUGCGGUCAAAACGCUUCGAGAGCCUGUUUUACGACGGAUCCAUAGCUAGAGCGACGGUGACGCCCGCGGACCUCGGUGUGACACAAAGGACGUCCCUGAAGCAGCUCAAACGCUUGGAUCUAGGGGGGCGGGACCAGCGCCAGAUGAUGGAGCGGUUGGACGCCAACGACCGUGCCGGCGCCGAAAGUUUAUUUCCGGACGGCACCCAUUCUCAUGUGUUAACUGGUGGCACGCUCGAGAUGAGACUGGAAAGGAGACGGAGAUUGUCAGAGGCCUUUCCCCACCGACGUUUUGUGGUUGUUCAUCCCGAGGUCGAGGGGCGGUGUACGCUGCUCUCUGUCGAAGGGGAGCUACAACGGUUGCUGUCGCCUCGUGUGACCCACGUGCUAUUGGUUGCCAAGGGUAGCACCGAUCUACAUUUGGCCUGGCUCGAUGCACAGGGUGCUGCGAGCGCACCGGGGUGUUCGACCUCGGCCGUGCACUGCGUCCGCAAGGGCGCGCCGUCGUCGGCGAAGGAGCUCUUCCGAUCUUACCUAGCAAAGCCGGCGAAUUCAGCGCUGCUCGAUUCUCUGCAGAACGGAAGGGGCGCCGUCGUUUUUGCCGGAGCGUCGAUCUUCGCGAUCGGCCGCGACAAGGCCGCGCGGGGCAACUACUUCCGGCCCUUGGCUGCGUCGGACUUCGAGGGGUGUAGCGCGGCGGAGUUCGAGAGGUACGUGGCCCAAGCGUACGACGCGGCGUGCUUCGUCGGGUCGCGGGCGUGA